AUGGACGACGACCAGCGACCCUGGAGCGUACACGACGGCUGCUUCUUCACCGAGCACGUCCGACGUGCGGCUGGCCAGUACGCCCCCAACGAGAAAACGCGCGCCGCAAACGCAGACGCAAACGCAAACGGAGGCACGCAAGGGAGGCCUGCUCGUGCGGCGCGGCGCGCGGAUUUGUCCGCCGCCCAGAUUGUGCGCUCGCAGUGGCUGAUCGACGGCGUGGCUCCCAGCGUCGAGCGUGGGGCUUGCGACAAGUCAGCCCACGGCGGCAGUAUAUUUUGGGCGCUCCGCGACAAGUCGACCCGGGCGCGGCUGGCCAGCACGGCGGCGGUGACCUCCGCCGAUCAGCCUGACGACGAUCAACAGCUCGUCGGAAGGUGUGGCGAGUGCUCCGCUCGGCGACGCCUCGUCCCGCGAGAAGCACUCGACGACCAGCCCCGAGCACCGCCGGGGCGGAGCUGCGCUCUCUGCGGCGCGCCACCGCCGGGGCGGGGCUGCGCUCUCUGCGGCGCGCCGGCGCCUCCGUCGCUCUCGGCGGCGGCAAACGCGGGCAACUUGUGCGCCGUGCGAGCCUGGCUUUGGCUGGGCGGCUCCCCCGACGCCGCCGCCGAAGGACGCACCCUGCUGCACCUCGCCGCCGCGCGGGACCACGCCGCCCUGGCGCUGCUGCUCAUCUCCGCCGGCGCGAGCCUCGAGGCGACGCAGUCGCAGGGCUGCACGCCGCUCGCGCUCGCCGCGCUGGCGGGGGCGGAGGCUGUGCUGCGUGUGCUGCUGCGUGCCGGGGCCGACCCAAACACGAGCACGUCGCACGGCAUCUCCGCGCUCGCCCUCGCCUCGCACCGCGGCCACUUUGCCUGCGCGAGGCACCUCUGCAACGCCGGCGCACGCAACGACGUUCGGGACAUGCGCGGACAGCCGGCGAUGCACUAUGCAAAGUCGCCGGCGGCGAUGAUGCUGCUCAGGCGCAACCAAAAGGCGGCCAAGGAGGCGGCCAAGGAGGCGGCUAAGGCGGCCAAGGCAGCGUCCUGGGUCUGGGCCAAAUGA